AUGGACACUCUCCCGCUGGAAACCCUGGAGCAGAUAUUCGAGCUCGCAUGCACUGAUGGAGGAUAUACCGGCCAUUCUCUCUCGCUCGUGUCGAAGGGCAUCCGCGCGGCAGCGCGCACGAGCCGCUUUCACUCCGUCUCCCUCAUCGCAAGCCCCCACCGCCUCCAGCUGUUCGUCGCCUUGUACAAGCGCGAGUGCGACCCCGCGCAUGGAGACAAGCCUCGCAUUCAGCACCUCUAUGUGGCGUUUCCUGUCACAGACUUGGAGUUCGAGGCGCGCAAUACUGAUGGUGCCGCGGUAUCCUGGCCACUAGCACACUUCCGCUCGCUUGAGCCGGCUCCGAGUCCCCUAGCGUAUGGCAAUUUGUACUUCAGCGAUCCUCUCGUUAUAGUACCCCUGCAACCACGGCAACAUAAUGUCCGGCCCAGUAUCUGGAAGAAAUCGACCCUCGCUAUCUCUCGGUACUGUGCGGCGGCCAUGCAGAAGUUACGUCGUCGCUCCGCCAGCCGUCGUGACCACCAAGCCACUCUCCCAUAUCGCUUGAGCAUCCCAGCCGCCAACUUCUCGAAGCCCUUAGGCCCAGCGACCUAUGAAGAGUACCUCAGCGAGGCGCAGUCGCUGUUCCGGUUAGUCGCACCCGAUCUGGUGACUCUCGUGGUGCAAGCCGGGUUUUCCUAUGGCGGAGGCGGCGCCCUAAACCUGCCCAUCUUCGAGAGCCCCCUACCCACUUUGUUGGAAGCGACGUUCGUAGGUCUCGAAGACCCCUCCACGCUCAUCCCAUCGAACAUAGACCCGUCAAAAAGCCAGCCACUCUUUCCCACAAUGACGCACCUGUACCUCGCACCCGCAUUCCAUCGCAGCAGCGGCGGAGUCUGCCUCCCGCUCUGGUUCACUCAUGCCCCCUGUGUCACACAUCUAGGCAUGUCGCGCGCGGACGAUUACCUCCGAGAUAUCGCCAGUGCGGUCGGGCUACGGGUCGAGCCAGAGCAACCGCACGGCAUGCUCAACAACAACGGUUGGCAGCCCGGCGCGCCGUCCGAACUGAUCGUGACCCCCGGAGUAUCCGCGUAUCCCAGUGUGCGCUAUCUUCUGGUGCAGCCAGGCCCCGGACCUUUCGAUUACACAUGCGGCUGCUGUGGAAUUGCGUGGGCGAAUCAUCAUCACAGGAUGGAUGUGCUAAGGCAGAUAGAACGCAGCUGCGAGUCUAUGGGCAUCGCAGCGGUGGAGGCGGGAGCACCCAGGGAAGGAUCGUUUUACAGCUACUACAGGCAGGCUCGCCGACGGUGGCUAGAGAGGAUGCAUGAUAGCAGAGAUGAGGCGGGAGGCUGGAGCGGGAGCGGAACGUCGGUGUCCAGGCUUGAUUCUCGCGAGGGGAACCCGGGGGACACUCCAUCGCCGUCGUCCUCGAGCUCAGUGGUUCAAUCUCUCUAG